GUCUACUCUUGCUAUAUGUUUCCUCGGUUGUGUUAUAAUAAUACGAUCUGUUGUCUAUUUUCUCAUUCUCGCGUGUCGACUCGACAAAAAAUUUCUUGCUAAACACAACCUUGAAAUUAAGCUACGAAGCGAAUAAAAAAAAGUUCUCAGAGUGCAGUCCGCAACUAAAAGAAAGGCGUCUUUCGAUUUACGAGAUAAGAAACUUAGUUUUGGCGUACAGUAAUUUUCAGAUGAGUGGAUUUUGGACCGAAUCCGACAUUUUGUCAACCGAUGACUCGGAUGAACCAAAUGUGGUGGCGAAGCCGCCAAGAAACGCUAAGGCAGGGCAUAAAUUGAAACGCGAAAGAGGUAAAGCUGAAUGGCUUUCAGGUUCAUGGCCCUUGACGAGUUUUGACGGAUCGUUACCGACUAACAAGAGAAAGGCAGAAUGGGUUAGAUACCGGGACCAAUUUGAACGUAUAACUUCUUGUAAGCCGCCGGUCGAUGCUGCUACUAAACUUACCGGACUGAAAAUCUUUGCCGAAGAUUAUCUGUUGAGUAUUAUUGAGAUGCAGCAAAAGUCAGUGCCAGAUUCGGUUGAGGAUGUUUACCAAGCAACUAUAGCGGCACUCAAUUGCUUUUUGAAUCAGACUUGUGAUGCGUCAAAGGAACGUAUGAAGUUCCGGGACAUGAAAAUGAGAAUCACAGAAGCGUUUUCGGACUGGGUGCUGCGUUUGGAAAAUCAAGCCAAAUUCUGCGACUUCGACCACGGACAGCGAGAGGAAGAAUUUAUUCAGGCUUUGGUGCGACGAUCUGUAAUGGGCAUCAGGGAAAAGUUGUUCGAGAUGUCCGACUUUCUCAGCAACGAUCUUAAACGCAUCAUCAACCAUGGCAAGCACCUAGACUACAUUAGAUCAGAGAUAAACGAGGCGAAAAAGUUCAAGGAAGAAGAUGAAGGAACUAACGAUCCAGAGCCGGAUGCAUCCUCUGCAACAUUGAUAAAACCGGUGAAUGCAUUAUAUUUCCGGAAGUUUGAACGCCGGAAUACACGGGAUGAUGGAUCGCGUAGGACACCAAGAGGCGUUUUGAGCCAUAUAAAUUGGACACACGUUACCGUGGAGGGAGCGCUUGGGAGCAGUCAGUCUCGAGUUGUAAAAACUGUGGUAAUUUGCAUGGCCCGCGUGCAUGCAAGGCUUAUCGUAUAAAGUGCUACAACUGCGCUAAAGUAGGCCAUUUUGCUCAAUACUGUCAGUCGUUGAAAAACUAUUCAAAUUCAAACCCGAGGAAACGAAUGAACGCAGACCGCGAAGAGAAAUUGAGGAAGGAGGCUGGACGGAUUAACCAGGUAGAUAAUGAUCAAUCUUUCGAGUAAACUUGUUUUGUUAUUUGUCAGCGAAGGUCAAUAAAUUAAUGUUUUGUGAAGUGUUGUACAAUAAAAUUAUCUGUUUUAUUUUUUU